UGAGUGUUUUGGUCCAGUCGAGCUCCACUCACAAAAAUGACAGCGCGGAAGUCUGGCUCGCGGCUGGAGACCGAGAUAGAGCGGUGCCGCUCCGAGAGUCAAUGGGACAAGAUACCGGAGCUCGUCCGACAGCUGUCCGCCAAACUCAUAUCCAACGAUGACCUAGGUGAGCUGUUGCUGGGGGAAUGCAAGCUUCAGACAUACCUGAAGGAGAACCCCAUCAAACAGGGAGCCAGUCCCCGGGGCCCACGACCUAAACUGGUGGAGGUCAGGAAACACCUCACUGCUGCUCUGGACAGAGGAAACCUCAAGGCAGAUUACCUCCAGGAAGCCAGUCUGCUGAUGGCCAAACUGUGCUAUGUGGAGGGAGAGUACAGAGACGCGUUGGGUCACUACAGCAGGGUCAGCCUGGAUGACAUGCAUCUGGGGGGAGCUCCUGUGUACAGGCUGUCCAUGAUAGCGGAGGCAUACGCUACUAAAGGACUGUGCUUGGAGAAGACCCCAGCAGCCUCCCCGUCUCUCUCCAAUAAGAACACCGGGUCUCCCUCGUCCAAUAGGAGCACAACAGACCAGGAGCAGGAAAUCAUCACCUGCUAUGAAAAGUCUGGCGACAUCGCUCUGCUCUACCUGCAGGAGGCGGAGAAGGCCUUAUCCGCAGGAAUUCAGAACCGCAGCCCAAAGCCCGGCCCGACGACCCAGGACCUGGAACUGGGCUACUUCCUGGAGACGGGCCUGCAGAGAGCCCACGUCAUCCACUUCAAGAACGGCAACCUGACACAAGGCGUGGGCCGGUUUCGGGAGAUUCUCCGGGCUGUUGAGAACAGAACCACCCAGAGCCUGCGCAUGACUAUAGCCAGACAGCUUGCAGAGAUCUUGCUCAGAGGAAUGUGUGAACAGAGUUACUGGUCUCCUCUGGAAGACCCGCCCACUGUGUCGCCAUUGGACAAUCCCACACGGCAGGGACACACUCACACCAAGAACUACAGCCUAAGCCGACGCCCACGCGUGUACUCAGGAGAGAACCUGUUUUGCCCCCAGGAGAACACAGAGGAAGCGUUGCUGCUGCUGCUCAUCAGUGAGUCCAUGGCUAACCGCGACGCUGUGUUGAGCAGGAUCCCCGAACACAACAACGACCGCAUCAUCAGCCUGCAGUCUGCGUCGGUGGUGUACGACCUGCUGACUAUAGCUCUGGGCAGGAGAGGGCAGUAUGAGAUGCUGUCUGAGUGUUUGGAGAGAGCCAUGAAGUUUGCCUUUGAGGAAUUCCACUUGUGGUACCAGCUCGCCCUGUCGCUCAUGGCGGCCGGCAAAUCGGCCCGUGCUGUUAAAGUCCUCAAGGAAUGUAUUCGCCUGAAGCCUGACGACCCCACCAUCCCACUGCUGGCUGUCAAGCUGUGCAUCGGACCUCUUCACUGGUUGGAUGAGGGGGAGUGCUUUGGAAAGAUGGUGAUUGACAUGGGGGAGAAAGCAGCUGAGUUCAGAGCCAAAAGCUUCUUGGCCAUUGGGCUGGUUUACAGCCUCAAAGCCACUGACGCAUCAUUGCGGAGCACACAGGAGGAGUACCAGAGGAAAGCUUUGGGAGCCUUCCAGAGAGCUCAGAGUCUGUCUCCCACGGACCAUCUAGCGGCCUUCUACCUGGCGCUGCAGCUCGCCGUCUCCCGACAGAUCCCCGAGGCACUUGGCUAUGUACGACAGGCGUUGCAGCUCCAAGGAGACGAUGUCCACUCCCUUCAUCUGCUCGCCCUGCUGCUCUCCGCUCAGAAACACUACCAUGACGCUCUCAAUAUUAUAGAGAUGGCUCUGUCCGAGUACCCGGAGAACUUCAAUCUGCUGUAUACCAAGGUGAAGUUGGAGUCUAUGUGUAGAGGACCGGAGGAAGCUCUGCUCACCUGCAAACACAUGCUGCAGAUCUGGAAGAGCUUUUACAAUCUUACAAACCCCAGUGAUUCUGGGCGUGGCAGCAGUCUAUUGGACAGAGCCAUGGCAGACAGACGGCAGCUCAACGCCAUGACUCUGCCUGACUUCAGUGAUCCAGAUACGGUCUCCGGUUCUUCCUCUUCUCACUCUGGUUCCGAACCGGUCUCCCCCACCUCCCCGUCCAGCAUUUCCACCUUCUCCUCCCCGCUGUCUUCCCCCGUCUUCAUCCUCCAGUCUCCUCCUUUCCCUCCACCCAAAAACCCAUCCUUCUUCCCUCCUUGUCCUCCUCCUCCUCCACCCACCAAGACCAGGACUCAAUCCUUUUGCAACCACGUCCGUUUCCGACAUCGCUCCUCCAAUUGCUCGGUUCACGCCACAUCUAUCGCAGCCAGUCGCGUGGAGCAGGCUCUGUCUGAGGUAGCCUCCUCUCUGCAGAGCAGUGCCCCCAAACACGGACCCCUGCACCCCUGGAUGACCCUGGCUCAGAUCUGGCUGCAUGCAGCCGAGGUGUACACCGGCAUGUCGAAGCCCGCGGAGGCCACGGCGUGCACGCAGGAGGCCGCCAACCUCUUCCCCACAUCCCAUCAUGUGCUGUACAUGAGGGGCCAGAUCGCUGAGCUCAAGGGCAACGUCGACGAGGCCAAGCGCUGGUACGAGGAGGCCCUGUCCAUCAACCCGACGCACGUCAAGACCAUGCAGAGACUGGGUCUGAUUCUUCAGCAGCUGCAGCGCUACAGUCUGUCGGAAAAGGUCCUGAGGGAUGCUGUGCAGGUCAACAGUACGGCUCACGAUGUGUGGAACAGCCUCGGCGAGGUGUUGCAGGUUCAGGGAAACGCUGCCGCUGCCACCGAGUGUUUCCUCACGGCCUUGGAGCUGGAGGCCAGCAGCCCCAUUCUGCCCUUCACCAUCAUACCCAGAGCACUAUGAAGCCCCCCCUCCUCCUCCUCCCCCCCCCCCUCGUUCAGUUAGAGUCUCAGUACUGUACCACGCUGGCACAAAUGAUGGACCUGCAAACCCCCCACAGACACGCACAGUAUGCCUGCAUGCCAGCUACACACACCUGCACACGGGUUUACUGCCAGACCCUUACUGUAAAUACACACACACACACACUGUAUAGAAAUGCAAAGAAUACACAGAACCUAUAUACACACGCUCCCCUCCCAGCCCACAUUGCCUUGCUGUGGCUUUGAACCCUGGCUGUGUGUGUGUGUGUGUGUGUGUGUGUGUGCGCUCGCGCCGACCUGCACUUUUUCCGUGUUUUGUUUCUUUGUAUCUGUAUGUACGCCCUUAUCCGUGUGUGUGUGUGUCAACAUGUUGCCUGAGCAUAUUUCUCUGUGUGUGUGUGUGUGUGUGUGCGUGCGUGUUAGUUGAUUUAAAGACGUAAAUAAGGUUAAGAGACUUGAGUUCCUACUCUUGCGUUGCUAGUAUUCAGAAGCCGAAGAGUUUACAUUUUGUUUACAUGUUUCGUUUAGUAGCCAAAUAUUCCUGAUAAUCCCAACACACACACACACACACACAUGCGUUCAUGCGGAGGGGAUCGCAGCUACUGUACGGCUGGCUCAGGACCGGCAGAUCUUUGAGAAUCUCCCGGAGCAUUGACCGACGUGAUGGAGCCGAUCGGUGAAGCCAACACACCGGCUGCGUUUACACACACUGCAGAUCAGAGUUCAGAGGACGGCUGCUCUUUUGUUUUUUUUUACAUUUAUUUUUUAAUUGGAGCGCGUUAUCUCUUACGUGUACAGACUUUACAUCUUUCUUUACAUCUUUUUGUUCAACUUUAUUUACAUGACAUUCUAUGAGUUUACAAACUUUACCGAUAUUGCACUAUUGUUCCAUUUCCUGAAGGAAAGCUUCGAAACUGAAGGAAGAAUUCAACAUUUUGGAAAAUGUGCUUCUUUUUUCUUCUUCUUUUCUUCUCUUGCUUGAGAGAUGGAGGAGAGGAUUAUUGCCACUUUAGAGAGUGGAAUACAUUGUUUCCAUCAAACUCUUGGCAAAAACCAUUAAUGAGCAUAUUUCUCAAAAUGUCAAAACCAUUGCUGUAAAAUAAAUCCCAUCUUUAUAUGAACACAUUGUUAAUGUUUUUUUAAUCUGUUUGGGGAAGUUUCUUUUCUUUUAGCAGCUGAUGUCACAAUAGAUAAACUCAAAUACAAACAAGUGCUGCAGGUAAACUUCAUAUGAAUCUGAAAGCCAGAGCUCCUAUGCACCAUGUAUGUGUUCACAUAUUAUUAAUAACAGGAAGAAUCUGUUCCACACAUCUUCUCAAUAAUCUGAUUUAAUAUUGUGUGUAAAUGCAACCAGUGACUGUCGUUUGUGUCCCGUCAGUCGUGUUGAAUACAACUAGAUGAAUAUACUUUUUAUUUUUCAUUUUAAUUAUAAAUACAAAUUGUUGUUGUAUAUUUGAUUGAUCCAAAUGUAUUGUUGUAAUUAUUAUUAUUGCCAUGGUCUUAGAAAGUAAAUUAUAAUUCUAUUUUCUGGAGGGUGAUGUUACUGAGAUGCAGUUGGAGGAAUACAAAAAAAGAUGAACUGAUUCAGUUUGUUGAGUAAACAAAUACAUUUAUGAUUACGACGACGGAGGAAAUAAAAGGGAUUUAAAACAUG